GGCAUACAUAUAUUAUUGAAAUGUGCAAAUACGGAUUUGAAUAUGUAAUUUUAUCUCUUACAGGGCGUGGUCUUCUUUUCUUAGUCCGCAAUGAACUGUGUUAUCGAACAUUUCAAUUAAGGUGAUAGUGGAAAAUUCUUUUAAAUAAUAUUCAUUCACAGCGAGACUUCAUUAUUUUUAUUACUUCUUAUUACUUUUUUAUUACUUCUUCUAUCUGCAGAUCAAUAAGCUAAAGUUGGUAAAUUUAACUAAUUAUUCUUUACAUUUUCCACUAGAUGUUGUGAAUAAUUGAAUAAUUUUGUAAUGUAUCAUUGAUCUAUUAAUUUAUUGCAAUCAUUGGUAUUAUGGAAAAAGUGAGAAAUUACGAAGAAACCGUUCAAGUCGGUAAGGGCUUGGAAACUGAUGCUUCCUUGAGAAAUAAACAUAGAAACAACAAUAUUAGCAUAGAUACAUCAUCUUUAUCCCCGAGUACCGUUGAUGUAAUACAAAUAUGGAGACAAUUACCAGAAGCUGUUCGACUGAAUCCAAGUUUGGCAGUCUUUCAAGCAGAAUAUGAAAAACUUGAUGAAGGUGAUAAAUCAAUAUGUUCCAUAAAUACACCAACUGGAGAACGUUUAGUUCUCAAUGUUGGCCGACCGAUUGAAAAAGAGAAGCAGACUGUGAGCUUAGAUGAUGAUGAUAUUGAUCAAGUUGAAAUAAAAGAAGGAGAAGUAAAACCCUUUUUCCGUUACUCGAAAUUAAUUAUACUUUUAUUGUGCUGGCUUAUUUUUACUAUAAGCUUGACAUGUAAUAAAGAAGUGUUGGAGGUAAUGCAUAAAGUUUCCAUUCCUAUUAACGAAAUUCGGAAAUAUACAAUUGUAAAACGUCCUAUCAGUGACAGAAUCACAGUUAAUAUAGAAAGUUCACUAUUGCCAAAUUUCAAUGAUAACGAGAGCAUAAAUCUUACUUCGAACUAUUUAAUCGUUUGGGUUGAGAAGGUGAAUUAUACUGAUCAAGUUUUCAAUAAUUCACACGUCCAGAAUAUAAGCAAUCCCUGGAUUCUUCCUUUAUUUUCUUCAGAACUUAUUGACUCUUUGCCCGACAGAAGACGACAUAACACGUUCACAUUAAACACCUCAACUAAUGAAUUAUUUGAAGAUGCAGUCGCUGUGUGUAUGAAAACCAAUUUACCAAUCAGUUUACCAGUUUCAAUUGGUUACAAUUUAUCUCCUAUUAAUACAGACAGUGGGUUUGUGUAUGCUGCUGCAAUAUUGAUUGGACUUUAUGUCCUCAUUAUAUUCGAGAUGGUUCAUAAGACAAUAGCGGCAUUAAUGGCGUCUACAAUGUCCUUGGCAGUCUUGGCGGCUAUUGAUCAGAGACCAUGUAUGAGUGAAAUAAUUUCAUGGAUAGACAUGGACACGCUAAUGCUACUGUUUGCAAUGAUGAUACUUGUAGCUGUGAUUGGAGAAACUGGAAUAUUCGAUUAUCUAUCUGUUUAUGCUUACAAGAUAACUGGAGGGCAAAUUUGGCCUCUUGUCAGUAUACUUUGCCUUUUCACGGCAGUGAUUUCGACCGUUUUGGAUAAUGUGACUACAAUCUUGCUCAUGACACCUGUUACAAUUAGAUUAUGUGAAGUUAUGGAAAUCAAUCCUGUUCCAAUUUUAACCGCGAUGGUAAUUUAUUCCAAUAUUGGCGGUGCUUUAACUCCAAUUGGUGAUCCUCCGAAUAUAAUAAUUGCAUCCAAUAAAGAAGUACAGAAUGCAGGAGUUGGUUUUACUACUUUUGUUCUCCACAUGAGCUUUGGUGUUUUCUUUGUGGCUAUAGCAGUUUAUGCUGAAUUGCGGUAUGUUUUUCGUGAUGUGGCAAACUUUAAAUUUGAUGAACCUCUAGAGGUGCAGGAACUCAGACAUGAAAUAGCUAUUUGGCAAAAAGCCGCUUCCAGUCUUUCGAGCUACAGUAAAGAUGAAAAUAUGGUUCGAGAGACAUUAAUGAAGAAAGUUGGACGACUUUUAUCCCAAUUGAAAUUGAAAUUACUAACCGGCAGUAUAAAAUUUGAAAAUUACAAAGCCACCUUGGAGGAGUUGCAAGAAAAGUAUCCUAUUCGCGACAAAUGGUUGCUUGUGAAAUCAGGGUGCGCUUUAACUUUUGUUAUUGUUAUGUUUUUCAUACACACUUUACCGAAUGUGAAUUUAUCAUUAGGAUGGAUUUCACUUCUUGGAGCAAUUUUGGUACUGAUUUUAGCUGAUUCUGAAAAUCUUGACAGUCUUCUGGUUCGUGUUGAAUGGAGUACAUUGUUGUUUUUUGCCUCAUUAUUCAUUCUCAUGGAAGCUCUUUCUCUAUUGGGAUUGAUGUCAUGGAUUGGAAAACAAACUGAAGCAAUAAUUCUUUCUGUAGACGAAGAAUCUAGACUGGCAGUUGCAAUAAUUUUAAUUCUUUGGGUGUCUGCGAUUGUUGGCGCAUUUGUAGAUAAUGUACCAUUAUGUACCAUGAUGGUGAGAAUUACUGUAGGUCUCUCUCAAAAUCAUAAUCUUCGACUACCCUUGCAACCUUUAAUUUGGUCAUUAGCACUUGGAUUGUGUUUAGGAGGAAAUGGGACUUUGCUUGGCGCAACUGCAAAUGUUGUGUGCGCUGGAGUGGCCGAACAACAUGGAUACAAAUUUUCUUUUUUACAAUUUUUCAAAGUUGGAUUUCCUAUAAUGAUUACAAGCACAGUCACCGCAACAAUUUAUUUAUUAAUUGCUCAUGUCGUUUUUCAAUGGCACGACAACAAUUGAAAUAUCCUUUUUAUAGCGUGUUAAUUUUCUAAUAAUUUAUAGUUCAUAAUUAAUAAUAAUCAUAAUUUUAUGUAAUAUUUUAAAAAGUAAAAUGUUUAUUGAAUGUCAACCAAAAGUUCUGUUUAGAUUGGUUUGUAGAUUUGUUAUUAUAUUUUUAAUAAUUGUAUAUAGUCUAUUUAUUUUUAUGCGCAAUAAAAAUAAUUUGUUUUUCGUUUAAAGAAAACGCUUUUUAUGUUGUCGUGGAAGAAAAGGAGUUGUUGAUGAUAAGUAAGUAGCAUUGCAGAUUAAAACAGAUCACGACACCAGACUGAUAAAUAAUUAAUUAACAUAAAUGAAAUUGUGAUUAUUCUGACUUAACGCUUUGUCUAUUUAAUUCAAAAUACUCUUAAUAAGAAAUCUUAGUUACCUUUGUAUUGCAGGUAGUAAGGAAUCUUUUUCAUUAUAUACUGAAAAGAAACGAAUGACAGUGCCUAUUUUGCACUAGAUAAUUGUCAUAAUAUCAAAGUCCUUUUGUUACCUUUUUUAUUAUUAUUUUUUAUUUGUACAUAAUAAUUUGUCGUAGAACAUUUUGAAAAUAGAAUGACGAAUCUUUAUUCAAAAUAUUUUCGUGGAAACCUUGUAAACAAUGUCAAUCAUGAAAUAACUGCGCGAGUAACUGCGUCAAAAAUAAUAGACAAACACUCAAAUUUUUCCGUAUGUAAAUCUUAUUGUAAAUUGUAUUUGAUAGACAAGUGUUUAAUUAAAUAUCGUUUUAUGAAAUAUUUAUAUGAUAAAUAUGUAACACAAAUUAUAUGAAAUUACUGCGCAUCAAUCAAAUACAAAGAUUAAUGUUGCGUCAGUCAGAGGGUAAAGUGACGAAAAUUAAUCCUUAUAGUCAAUUUAUACAUUGUUUAAUUCACGCGUAUUCUGAUAUACAUAUUUCUUUUUGUAAUGUUUUUUUAAAGCGUUUUUUUGGUAUAAAAGAUACCGGUUCAAUUUACGUCACUAAUAUAUGCAAAAAUCCAAGGAAAAAUAUUGACAAGGUACAAUUCUGAAAAGGGAAGCGAAUUAUAAUAGAUGAAGACGAAGUCAAUGGCAGCAAAACGUCUGGCAAUGAAAAAAUGUGUGAAGGUGGCCAUCAAUCAUUUAAAUAUCCUAGCUGAAUAUUAUCUUGUCGAAUUUGGGACGUCAAUUUUUUAAUGUGCAACUUUAUAUCAAAAUCAUUAUUUCGACUGCAAACCUAUUAAAUGAAUUUUGUGAUAAUAAAUUAACAACUGGAAAUUCCGCUUAUUAAAAACGAUAUAGAAAAAAAAUGAGUGGAAAGGUCCACUUCUUUUUGAAUAUUUAUAUAUAAAUAUGACGGUUAUUUCCAAUCUUUUUUUCCAUACAUUUCAUUUUAGUUGUAAGUUACUGUAGUAAUUUGCGUAAUUAAAUAAAAAAAAUGACACA